AUGGACUCUCUUCCAGUACGGGCAGUGGAUAUUGACACUCUCCCAGUACGGGCAGUGGAUAUUGACACUCUCCCAGUAUGGGCAAUGGAUAUUGACAAUCUCUCAGUACGAGCCGUGGAUAUUGACACUCUCCCAGUACGGGCUGUGGAUAUCAACAGACUCCAAGAGGAGGCAAUGCAUAAAAACAUUCUUCAGUGA